UGAAGCCGAGCCAGAGAUGUAUAAAUCUAUUGAAUGAUUCAGAUUUAAGUUUUUGAAGGUUUCUCUGAUUGUAUUCGAUUUUGUAGCCUGUGAGGGAAUUCGGGGUUGAAAGAGCAGCAUUUAAGGAAUUCGGGACAGUUUCUUGGGUUACUGGAAUUCAGUAGUCUCAAGAUAUGAGUUGCUUCCCUUGUUUUUCUGGUGAAAAGAAAGCAGCAAAGAAAACAGGUAGCAGUAGAAGGUCGCAGUCAUUAGAGGCCCCUAUAAAAGAAUCUCCUGCAUGCCCAGUGUUUGGUGAUAAGGCAAAACCAACUCAAUCAGGUGAAACCACAGACAAAAAUGAUGCUGCUAACAAAGAUGCUAAUGGUAUCACAGCACAAACAUUUACAUUCCGUGAAUUAGCAGCAGCAACAAAGAAUUUCAAGCAGGAAUUUUUACUAGGUGAUGGUGGGCUUGGAAGAGUCUAUAAAGGGAAACUUGAGAAUGGUGAGAAAGUUGCCGUGAAGCAAUUAGACAGGAAUGGAUUGGAAGGAAAUAAGGAAUUCCUUGCUGAGGUUAUGGCAUUGAGUCUCCUCCACCAUCCAAAUCUGGUCAAUCUCGUAGGGUAUUGUGCUGAUGGAGAUCAGCGGCUUUUGGUGUAUGAGUACAUUCCAAUGGGAUCUCUAGAAGACCACCUACUUGAUACUUCAACAGAAAAAAAACCAUUAAGUUGGUCUAUGCGAAUGAAAAUAGCUGUAGGUGCUGCUAAAGGUCUUGAGUAUUUGCAUGACAAGGCCAAUCCUCCUGUCAUAUAUCGUGAUUUGAAGACUUCUAAUAUCUUGAUGGAUGAAGAGUUAAAUCCAAAACUUUCUGAUUUUGGACUUGCCAAUCUUGGACCUAAUAGUGAUAAGGGACUUUUACCACCAAGGGUGAUGGGAACGUAUGGGUACAGUGCUCCAGAGUAUACUAGAACAGGCGAGCUGACUGUGAAGUCAGAUGUAUACAGUUUUGGAGUCAUUUUCUUGGAGUUAAUUACAGGGAGAAGAGCCUUAGACACCACCAAGCCAACUGAAGAACAAAAUCUAGUUACUUGGGCCCAGCCCUUUUUCAAAGAUCCAAGUAAGUUCCCUGCAUUGGCUGAUCCACUUCUUCAAGGAGACUUCCCAGUUACAAGUUUGAAUCAAGCAGUUGCUAUUGCUGCCAUGUGUCUCCAAGAUGAACCAGUUGCCCGCCCUUUGAUGAGUGAUGUUGUUACCACUCUCAGUUUUCUAUCAGGGGAUGAUCUGGGAUUACCUCUUCCUCCACCUCCACCGUCUGACGAGAAGUCAUCUAGUCAAGAAGAUGAUAGUUCAGAAGAAUAACAAUGAGCUGUAGCAGAAGCAAUUGAAUUGGGUUCUUUUAAUUGUAAAGUCUCCAUCUUGCCCAUGGUUGAGUAUAUGAAAAGUGAGGUUUUUUUUUUACCAACUCACAUGUCUUGUGGCAUAUGGAUAUUUUUUCAUGCCUGUUUCACAGUAAUAUGAUAUUUUGGUUGGAGUAGCACUGAGUAAGUUGAGUGAGGGUUAAGCUAUGUACGGGGAAGCAUCAUUUUGAGUGAGUAUAGCUUGUUGGACCAUUUCCUAUUUGCUCUCAAUUCAAGGACUGUCACAUAUCCUUUUAUAUUGAAAGUGAAUGAAUUCAAAAUGACUUGCCUUUGUAUACCAGUUGGGUACUCUUUCAAGAAAACUGUGGCUUUUGUAUUCUUUUACACCCAUUACUAGAACCAAAGGGUUACUCAAUUGGCACAUAAACCAUAGAAUUGACACAAUUAUAAACAAGUUCUUGAUAUACAUAAAUUAAAUAUAAAAUUGGUACAUUGUGCUUUAGUUUAUGAAGAGGAAAAAUGCAGUUGUUGAUAUUGGAUUUAGUCAUUUAGCUCCACAAAAAGAAUGGUGUGCAUACUCAAAGAACACUUAGGCCCCGUUCCCUUUUCAGUAAGUUACUUACCUGGGUAAGUGUUUCCCAGGUAAAUAAGGCAAUAAGGCAAUGACCAUUUUAGCCAAAGAAAACUCUAUAACUCAUGCACAAAUUAGGCUCAGGGGUUAAAUAUUUCCAACUUCACUUUAAGCUUGAACUGGACUCGGGCUUUAGGCCCAAUUCCUACAGUUGGGCCUUGGUUGAGCUAAAACCAACCCAGUCCAUCCGACUCACACCCCUGAAAUAGUGGGAUUUAAGAGUUCGAAAGUUAAAUCAGUUAAAUCAUUAAGGUUAUGUUUGG